CUUAGCGAUAGUUGUGUUGUUAGCAUUAGUUGCCAUAGCGACCGGGUCACGUGACCCCUUCGAUUUUUAAGAAAAAGGCAAAGAUGGCGAACAGGCGUAAUAACAAAUAAGUGCGAUUCGUAAGAACUCGGAACGGACCGCAGCCAAGUGGAAAACUCUUUUAAUAGCUGAUAAAAACCUUUAUAUAUGAGAAUGAUUUGAUGAGACGGAAUAGUGAGUAGAAUCGACGCUGGUUUUAGAAAAUGCAAUCGCUUGGAUGACUUUCUCUUUAAGAAAUGUGAACUAUUCUACUUCAUUAUUCUACUUUACUAUUCUCUUAAUUAUUUCUACAUCAUCACUCUAUGCAGUCUAUAUUAAUUUGGAAAUAUAAAUAUUAUCCUCACCAACCAAUAAUGGAGAAAUAUGAGAAGAUAUCUAAAAUUGGUGAAGGCUCCUAUGGAGUUGUGUUUAAAUGUCGCAGGCGGGAAAAUGGGCAAAUUGUUGCUGUGAAAAAGUAUGUUGAAACUGAAGACGAUCCGCUCAUUAAAAAAAUCGCCAUGCGUGAAAUUCGUAUGCUUAAACAAUUAAAGCAUGUGAAUCUAGUCAACUUGAUUGAAGUAUUUCGAAGGAAAAGAAAACUUCAUCUUGUCUUUGAAUAUUGCGAUCAUACUGUUUUAGAUAUCUUAGAAAAACAUACUAAUGGUGUUCCAGACCACAUGACAAAACGAAUUAUAUGGCAAACAUUGCAAGCAAUUAACUUCUGUCACAUGCAUAAUUGUAUACAUCGGGAUGUAAAACCAGAAAAUAUUUUGCUUACCAAAGAAGGAAUUGUGAAGCUUUGUGAUUUUGGAUUUGCUAGAACUAUGAAUCCAGGUGAAAAAUAUACUGAUUAUGUUGCCACCAGAUGGUAUCGAGCACCUGAACUUCUUGUCGGGGACACUCAGUAUGGUCCUGCUGUAGAUGUUUGGGCAAUAGGCUGUGUAACAGCAGAAUUAAUGAAAGGUGAAGCUCUUUGGCCAGGAAAAUCAGAUGUUGAUCAAUUAUAUCUUAUCUGCAAAACUCUGGGAAAUCUUAUUCCCAGACACAUACAAAUAUUCAAAUCUAAUGAUUUCUUCUCCGGAGUUAACAUUCCAGAACCUGAUUCGAGAGAAAGUUUGGAAAGCAAAAUGCCUCCUUCAGUGAAUGAGCAAGGACUGGAUUUCUUAAAGAGAUGUUUAGAUAAAGAUCCGCAAAUGAGGUAUACGUGUGAACAGUUACUUAAACAUUCUUAUUUUGAUAAUGCAAAUAUAAGUGAUCUAGAGCCAGAAAUCAUGCAAAGUAGAAUCAGAAGAGAAAAGCGACAUUUUUUGCAGAGUGGUCUUCAGCCCAUACUUCCUCAGUUAUCGAAUUUUCCUGGUGCAUUAGCAACACCAGAAAGGAAUGCUCAUUUACAUUCACGAACGCUCCGUAAAUACGAUCCACUUCCUAAUAUAUGACAAAGCGGACAAUUGAGAAAUGGUACUUACAAGAAGGAAUCUACCUUAGUACCACACCAUCGUUACAGAUGAUGAUGGAACUGUAAAAAAAAACUAACAUAAACUGUAUAUGCACCAACUGAUAGUUUUUGCAUAUUUGUUAAUGCUUCCUCUGCUCUUAUUUUCUUCCUGUUGUCAUCAUUUGCAAAGAAUCAUCAUACAUAUUUAUUUAUUAGAAGUAAUAGAAUCUUAAUAUAAACAUGAUUUUUGAAUGUUUGAUUUCAUGUGUAUUUCAGAUUUGAUUUUCUACAUACUUUAUUACGGUAUAAAAUUUUUUAUCUAAGUUUGCAGUAUUUUUAACAUUGCUAUGUUAAAUGAUAAUUGCUCAAGAUAGUUAAUUAUACAUAUCAAUUGUUUAUAAAAAAAACAGCAUGUAUAUAUGCAUU